GCUCCAUUCCCCGGGGCGCGGCCCCUCUGGCCGGGAUUUAAUCCCUUUGUUGCCACGGUUACCUCCCCUCCCCCCGACGCAAGCGGGCUCGAGCGUGUCAAGCGGGCUGUAGAACCCGGGGGCUGCCCCAGCCCCAGCCCCAGCCCCGCCUCCUGACGAGAAGGCGACGCCCUGGCCGCGAUUUUCGAGCUGUGGCUGCCGAGGAACGAUUUUUGCCCUUAUUAAAGAUGGCCGCCAACUCCUCCCUCUCUUCCCCUCCCCCCCCCCCCCCAUUGCCUCCAGUGGGUGUGAAGCCCGGUCUGUUCAAAUGGCCGCCCGUUUCCCUGCAUCCUCCGCCGCGGGGGUGGCAGUGAGGCCGCCCUUAGCAAAGAUGGCUGCUGUUCCCUCGUUGCUUCUAGCGGGUGUGAAGGCAGCGUGCCCUUAGACAAAAUGGCUGCGCUCUGUUCUCCACCUGGGCCUGCGAGCCAGGGGGGCUGCUAGCCCUGGCAGAAGAGUCUGCCCUCCUGGUGUACUGUGAUAGUAAAGUGCAUCCAGGUUCUAGGAUCUCUGGUUCUUUAGUUACUUUUCCUCAAAACUUGGACAUGCUGCCUGUGGUUUUAACUUGAUGCUCGGGAGGAAGAAUUGCUCAGAUUCUCACACUUUUACCACAUGUACUGGAAUCCUUGUUGCUACUACUACAAUGUCGUGGGUGAAAGCUGCAGUCAGCCGGCCCAGUGAGGAUGUGUUUGAUGAAGAUGCUGAUGAACUGCAUCUAGUGCAGAAAGAAUGGAAGAUCACCAUGGAGAAAAGAGUCAAAGAAGGUUAUAGAGAUGGUGUUGAGGCUGGGAAAGAGCUUUCACUUCAGCAGGGUUUCAAUCGGGGUUACAAACAGGGUGCUGAGAUGAUGAUGACCUGUGGCCAACUCAAAGGGACCCUUAGUGCACUCUUGUCUUGGUGUCAUCUUAAUGGACAAAUUUCUGCUUUGCUGAGUAAGAUAAAUAACCUCCUGGCUGAAGUUGGCAAGUAUGAAAAAUGUGUGCUUAAGUAUAUGAAUUCUAUCAGUCCACAGCCCCACCUUGGAGAGUUAUUGGAUUCUGUUCAGGACAUGGACCUUAGUCAUACAAUUCCAGUGGAGAAUGAAUUUGAUGGAACUGAAACUGGAAGACUCUGUGAAAAUGAGUCUGAGUUGAGUGAAAACUCUUGCAGGAGUAAUGGUGGGGCUGACUCCUUGCAGUCUGACAGUUGGAGGAGGACAAAAGAACACACACAUUCUGAAAGGCCAACCCUUGCUUGGCUUAAAGAAGAGACCGCCUGUUUAGGAGAGCAGCUAGGCUUGUCACUGGACAUAUUACAGCAUGUCCAACAACUGGAAAGUUAACUUUUCUCUUGUGCCAAAUGGAAUCCGAUUCUAAGAACCAACUUGACAGGCUUGUAUUUUAUUUUGGGGCUCAAAGGGUGAUGGUCAUACUAGUCAUUUAAUUUCAUGGGAAUGUAGUGAUCUGAUCCUAAUGUUUCCCUUUAAAAUGUAAUCAAAAAACCCUUGCUCUCAUCA